AUGCUGUCUCUGCUUUUGGCCUGCCCGGCAGAAAUUUGCCAGGAGAUCUUUUCUUACUUGGAUGGAGGGAAAAACGGUGACCUCGCGCAGCUCUCUCGAGUAUCGAAGGAUUUCCGAGAGUUAGUUCUUCCUACCCUCUUUCGUUAUAUAAAACUCCGCCCAGGCCAUGAACUUGUUUUUGGGGAUGGAGGGCCAUUGUCCUCAGUUCGACCCUAUGUCCGUCACUUCUUUCUGGAUAGGUCAGCGGGGGAAUAUGGCGACGAAACAAAUGCAGGCCAUGUCGAGAGCAUCCGUCGCUCUACAGAGCACUUCGACUUAUACCCUUCUAUUACACAUAUAGAUGUUUCCUGGGGCUUCAUGGUGGCUUGGAACGCGAGAAACAACCUCUAUAAGGCAUUAUGGGCAAGAAUUUCAACCCUUUCCAACCUAAAGAGUCUGAGGCUGGUGGGAUACAGCCCUUCACCAAACUGGAGACCUGGUUACACGCGGGACUAUAAUUCCUUGUAUCGUUGUUGCACUUCGAAAAGCAAAGAUUUUCUCGGGAAGGAGUUCAUCGAUGACGCAGAACUCACCAACGAACAUAUUUCGUACCCGCGACAUCUCCAGGAGGUCCACUUCUCUGCGUUCUUGGAACUCCCGUGGAACUCAAACAUCUCUUCUCGAUAUUUCGUAAUUGGGAAUUCAGCCGAGACUUUGAAGAAGAUAGUGUUUUCCGGACAACAUCUGCGAUUAAUAGGUCAAAGGGGCGGCCCUAUUACGCUGAUAUUUCCUAAUGUUGUCGAACUCUGCAUCGGAAUUUGGGGCGGUAGUAGGUAUUCUGAAUUGCAUGCGCUCGCGUGGUUCGCCAAGAGUUGUCCGAAUGUCCAGAAGCUAUUGUUUAGGACGCUUCAUAGCACAUGGUCCUUUGAAGGCCCUCUAGAUAAUGGCGACCUUGUGUAUGAUGAAUUGAUUUCAAUGCGGAAACUCAAAGAAGUUAUCGUGCCAUGGCCGGUAAAAUUUAGUCUGGGGGACGCGCACCUCUACCUUGGGAUAAAAACAGCGACGCGAUACAAAAGACGGGAACUAGCUGGAGUUAUCCGCUGCCUGGCGAGAGCAGGGUUGAACGAUUUAGAAAAAGUAACGUUUGAAAGGAGGUUACGUUGGCCGGUAGAUGAAUACAAGAAAAUUACGAAGACGUGCAAGAUAACGAGAGGUACAGAGACGGGACUGAAGCUUUCUUGGACAAAGCUUCAUCAAAGUAUUCUAAGACCGGAUCUAUUUCGGUGUCGGGAGGGUGAAGUUAGGGUUGUGGCUUCAACGAAUGGAGAAGAGAACGGCGCGGAUAGCGGGGACGACAUUGACGAAAACCCAGCAAAUAUUCGGUUUUAUGAACCAGAUAUCGAUACGGGAAAUAUAUAG